UGGUCAGCGGAAAUUGUCAAACAUGGCGACGCUCGAACUGUUAGAGGUUGGCGAUGUGGCUCUGAUUUCUUCGUCGCUUACUACUCGAUGAUAAACUUUUCUGCAAAUCCUUACCGUCCAAUGGAAAAAGAUAAAUUUAAUUCCACAUUCCUUUAUAUAAUAAUGAUCGUUUUGUGUGAAUAAAGAAACAUUCCUCAUGUCAGCCAAUUUCCAGAAUUUGCCAGCUUGUUGCUCACCAUUCAUCAGAUUUCUCUUUGCUUCAAAUGAAAGCAUGCAGAGAAAGCGGCGCCUGGCUCUUGGUGUAAUGGUCUUGUUGCUGGUCAAUAUUAUUUGGGUUGCCUCAGCUGAAUUAAGUGAUUAUAUAUUCCACACUGAAGGCUUCAAUAAACCAUUCUUCACAACAUACUUCAAGACCUCAGCAUUUGUUGUGUACCUGUUGGGAUUUGUGUUUUAUCACCCCUGGCAGAUCCAGUGCUGGAACACUUUCUGUAACAAACAUGUGCUCCAGUCUCUCCCCAAUCAAGGGGGUUCACCUAGCAAUGGACUGGUGAUACCUACCCAUACAGUCAGGGAAGGCAGCUCAUUGUUAUCAAGUCCAACCUCAUCCCGUUCACAGUCACCAGCUCACCAGCAGAUAUUGGGGGAAUCAGUAUUUGAGCCAGUCACAGAUGAAGAAGUCAGCCAGGAUAACCAAGUAGAUGAAAGUAGUAAUCGACAUGUUCACUUCAACAGUGUACGAGAAGUAAGACACCUUCAAGCAGAUAAUUCAACUCGGUUAGCACGCAUGUCUCACGAAGCAACCGAAGAGCUGGCAAGACAGGCAGAGAAAAUGAGCCUACUUCAAGUUGCUAAGAUAGCCUUGAUGUUCUGUAUUCUGUGGUUCCUAGCAACGUGGAGUUACCAAGAGGCUCUUAAUGAUACAUCGCCUGCUGCUGUCAACAUUCUGUCGUCAUCAUCAGGUCUAUUCACAUUGCUACUGGCUUCUGUGUUUAAGAGUUCUGCGGCUGAUAAGUUCACUGUUUCUAAACUUGUUGCUGUUAUUAUCAGCUUAUGCGGGAUUGUAAUGGUGACUUUGUCAGAUGCAAACAGCAAGAAGGGAGGAAUCAACUAUGGGGCAAUAUGGUCUUUGCUGGGAGCUGUUCUGUACGCUUGUUACUUGGUUCUUCUAAAACGAAAAGUUCCAGAUGAGACGAAGAUGGAUAUAACUAUGUUUUUUGGCUUUGUCGGGGCCAUGAACAUCCUGCUGCUAUGGCCUGGGUUCUUCAUUCUUCACUACAGUGGUUUUGAAGCAUUUGAACUCCCUCGUGGUUAUAGUGUGUGGGGGUACCUGACUCUCAACGCGUUUAUUGGGACUGUGCUCUCAGAGUUCCUGUGGUUAUGGGGCUGCUUUCUUACGUCGUCUUUGGCAGCGACGCUGUCUCUAAGUCUUGUGAUACCGCUGACCAUGCUCGUCGAUGUUUUCAUGAACAGGGUCAAAUUUUCGCUACUCUUCUUACUUGGUACUUUGCCUGUCUUCGCGUCUUUCUUCGCUGUCAGUUUAUUGACACAUUAUCCUGACUGGGACCCGGUUAUGGACGCACUGAAGAGGACCCUGGCCCUCUGCACCAAUAAACACACACGUGUUGCAAGUCUCGAGGGGGAUGAAUCAGAAAAUCUGCUAAACGAAGAAGAGUCGUCAGAGAACCAUGUGCCCACGUGAUGUAUUUACAAGACAACACCGCCUCGUAGAGUUGUUUCCAAGACAACGUCGCCACGUAGAUAUUACCGUGACUUUACCCCCAUCAACCAAAGACAAAUACUGCGUUCACACUACUGGCCUUGAAACCAUGUUCAGCGCAAUGUUUAUAUUUAAUAUUGGAUGUUGUUAAAAACGAAUUUGAAGUUCUUGUUUUGUGCUGCUAUGCCUUUAUCAUUAUUGUACAUUCUUAAAUACACCUAUUUCAUUUAUUUAUUAUUUAACCAUAAGAAAAUGUAAAAUAGAACAAAUAAGUUUGACUUACCAUGUUGUUUUUACCCACGGAAACGCCUUUCAGCUUCACUGAAUGUUAAAAAAAUACAAGAUAGAUAUCUAA